GCCCGCGGGGCGGUGGAGGGGCGGGGCCCACGAAACUCCUCGGGCGGCAGCGAUGGCGGCUGCGUCGGGUUCAUUUCGCGUGCAGCGUUGCAUGGUGUCGCCAGCUGGGAGGCACAGCGCCUCGCUGAUCUUCCUGCACGGCUCAGGUGAUUCUGGACAAGGAUUGAGAACAUGGAUCAAGCAGGUUUUAAAUCAAGAUUUAACAUUCCAGCACAUAAAAAUUAUUUAUCCAACAGCUCCUCCCAGGCCAUAUACUCCUAUGAAAGGAGGAAUCUCCAAUGUAUGGUUUGACAGAUUUAAAAUAUCUAAUGACUGCCCAGAACACCUUGAAUCAAUCAAUGUAAUGUGUAAAGUGCUCACAGAUUUGAUUGAUGAUGAAGUAAAAAGUGGCAUCAAGAAGAAUAGAAUAUUAGUAGGAGGAUUUUCUAUGGGAGGGUGCAUGGCAAUGCAUUUAGUGUACAGAAAUCAUCAAGAUGUGGCAGGAGUAUUUGCUCUUUCUAGUUUUCUGAAUAAAACAUCUGCUGUGUACCAGGCUCUUCAGGAAAGUGAUGGUGUACUCCCUGAAUUAUUCCAGUGUCACGGCACUGCAGAUGAGUUAGUUCCUCAUUCUUGGGGUGAAGAGACAAACUCUGUGUUAAAGUCCCUAAGAGUGAGCACGAAGUUUCAUAGUCUCCCAGGUGUUUACCAUGAGCUAAGCAAAGCUGAGCUAGAAAAACUGAAGUCAUGGAUACUUCAAAAGCUUCCAGGAGAAAUGGAGAAGCAAAAUGAAUGAAUCAAGAUUGAUUUGUUGACCUACCUGUAAUGUCUUUGUGAAAAGUGGUUUUUACUGCCAAAUUAUACUUUGAUAAAUGAUAAUUAAAAUAUUAUUAUCAAUGAACAAUAUCAAGUUUACUGACUUAUUUACUGGUUAUUGAAAUGCUUAGCACCACAGAGAGUAGCAUCAUCUUAUUCAUGGUAAAUAUUAAUUUAGACAUCUGUGUGUUAUUUUUCAGAUACAUUUGUAAAUAUUUGGAGACCUUUUAAGUAAUUAAAUGAUUAAAUUUUAAAAAUAAUGUAAAGUUGGUUUAAGUAAGAGCAACGAGAAAACAUGAAAAGGCUUAACAUGGCAUUUUAUUUACAAGUGUCCUAUUUUGUUUCCCAAUAUUCAGGAAUAUUUUAGAUGUGUUUAUUAUUGAUUCCUGAUUUAAAUCCAUUGUGGCCAGAGAGCAUAUUUUGUGUCACUGUUUUAUCUGUAUUCAUGAAGGUUAUUGGCUUGAAGUCUUGCUAUUUAAUUUGUUUUGUACAUUUUUUGGUCUGGUUUUGGUAUCAGGGUAAUACUGACCUCAUAAAAUGAAUUGGGAGGUGUUUUCUCCUCUUCUGUUUUUUUGGGAGAAAUUGUGUAGAAUUGGCAUCAAUUUUUACUUUAAAUUUUUGUUGAAAUUCUGUAGUGAAACCUUCUGGGCCUGGAGAUUUCUUUUAUCUCUUGACAGUGUACCUACAAGUUUAUUAUAAACACCUCACACUUAGUACAAGAACCUUCCAUUUUCCCCUUCCUGGUCUUUAUGCUAUUUUUCACACUUUACUUAUAAAUAGCAUGUACCAUAAAUCUCACAACACAUUACUACUCUCUUAUUUAAAGUCAGCUUUCCUUUAAAUCAACCUAAAUAAUGACGAAAAAGUCUUCUAUGUAUACCUGUGUAGCUACCCCUUCCAGUGCUCUGCAGUUAUUUUGUGCUGAUACGUCUUUCUGGUAUCCUUUUCAUUCUGCCUGAAGGACAUCCUUUAAAUAAUUCCAGUACAAAUCUGCUGGCAAUGGAUUCUUUCAGCUUACAUGUCUAGGAAAGCCUAUAUUUUGCAUUCGUUUUGAAAAGAUACUUUCACUGGGUAUGAAAUUCUGGCUUAACAUUUUUUUCUUCAGUAUUUUAACUUUUUUUUUUAAUGUUUAUUUUUGAGAGACAGAGAGAGAGAGAGAGAAACAGAGCACAAGUUGGGAAGGGGCAGAGAGAAGUAGACACAGAAUCCAAAGCAGGCCCCAGCCUCCAAGCUGUCAGCACAGAGCCCGAUGCAGGGCUCGAACUCAUGAACUGUGAGAUCACGACCUGAGCCGAAGUCGGACGCUUAACCGACUGAGCCACCCAGGAACCCGUUUUCUUCAGUAUUUUAAACAUGGUGUUCCACUAUCUUCUUGCUAACUUUAUUUCACACAGGAAAUCUGUUGUUAUUAUCUUUGUUCUUCUACAUCUAAUUUUUUAGUUUUUUUACUUUUGCUGUUUUUAAGAGUUUAUCACUGAUUUUGAACAAUUUGAUUGUGAUAUAUAUUGGUCUGGUUUUUCAUGUUUCUUAUCCUUGUGGUUCCCUCUAAUCUUUUUGGGUGUUUCUUUCGUUUCAGAUACUCUCCUCACAUGCAUGUGGUGAUUAGUGCUCUAAGUAACCAGGUAGACCAUCCCUGGUUCUGUGCAGUUCUCCUUCCAUGUAACGUACUCUUCCCUGGGACACUGUCUUACAAACUCUAACCAAGCUGAUCUACUCAGACUCUUAGCUCUGCUUCUCAACAUACGAGUCCUCCAAGCUCCACCCCCUCAGCUCUGUGGCCUGGGAACUCUCUCAAGGCAACAAGCUGGGGCCAUCUGUAAAGCUCACCUCGUUUCCUUCCCUUUCUGUCAGAGAACACCGUCUUUUACUGCCUGAUUGAUGUCCAGUAUUUUGAAAAAGUUUGUUUCCAGUAUUUUGGUUUUUUUUUUUUUUUUUUUUUUGGUUGUUUCAGAUGAAAGAAUAAAUUCCUUCCUUGUAUUAUGUCAGUGGCUGGAAGCUCCACUAAAUUAUCCUUUAAAGAGGUUUACCUUUCUUUCAUUCUUUUUAUUUACUUUUCUUCAGUGCCCUUCAUUGCUUAAUGUGGUUUCAGAUUUCCAUAUGCUAUCAUUUUCCUUCUGCCUGAAAUACUUCAACAUUUAUGAUAAUGCAGGUCUGCCACUAUUAAAUUCUUUCAAUGUAUGGCUGAAAAAGUC